AAAGAGUAUGUGGCAUAUGGGGGAAGUAGGGUACAGUGAAACAACACAGAGAAACAGCACCUAGAUGAGGACAUAUGAAAGACAGGAUUUUUACAACACUUAAUUACAGCUUGAUAAGAUAGAAAACAAAAUCUGAGAUCCAAGAUGGGACGGCAUGUGGAAAAAUCCAAACUAUUGUAUCCAGUUGCCAUUGGUUUGCUGCUGCUGACUAUAUGCUGCUGCCACAUCACUGCUGUCAGUCUGAAGGAAAGUCUGGCCGAAUGCUUGAAGGACAAAGACUACAAUGAACUGCUGGAAACAGCAAAAAAUGGCCUCCCUCACAUUAACACCUCUAAUCAUGUAGUUAUUGUGGGAGCUGGCAUGGCUGGACUGACAGCAGCUAGACUGCUUCAAGAAGCCGGACACCGGGUGACGAUAAUAGAGGCCAGUGGUCGAGUUGGUGGACGAGUUGAAACCUACAGGAAUAAAAACGAAGGAUGGUAUGCUGAACUGGGGGCCAUGAGAAUCCCAAGUUUUCACCGCAUCGUCCUUUGGUUUGCAGAACAGCUGGGUGUAAAGCUGAACAAGUUCACAAUGGAUGACAACAACACUUUCUAUUUGGUCAAUGGGGUCAAGAAAAGAACCUAUGCAGUCAAAGCAAACCCUGAUAUCCUCAACUACAAUGUAAGAAAGAGCGAGAAGGGGAUGUCAGCUGAUGAUCUGCUACAAAAAGCUUUGCAAAAGGUAAAAGAUGAAGUGCAAGCACAUGGCUGUGUGGCUGCCCUCAAAAAAUAUGAUCACUACUCAGUUAAGGAAUAUUUGAAAGAAGAAGGAAAUCUGAGCCUUGAGGCCAUCCGGAUGAUCGGAGUACUUUUGAAUGAACAGAGCCUCAUGUACACAGCACUCAGUGAGAUGAUUUAUGACCAAACGGACAUCAGUGAUAACGUCACGUACUAUGAGGUGGCUGGUGGGUCAGACCUCCUUCCCAGCGCUUUUCUGACACUGCUUGAUGUCCCUAUUUACCUGAACUCCAGGGUUCAGCGUAUCAAACAUUCACAUGAAGGCGUCACCGUCUUCUACCAGACAGAUCAAGAGUCCUCUCUAAGCCACAUUAAUGCUGACUUUGUCUUGGUGACCACAACAACGAAAGCAGCUCUUUACAUGGACUUCGACCCACCGCUCUCCAUCCAAAAGAUGGAAGCCCUGACCUCCGUUCACUAUGACAGCUCCACUAAAAUCCUUCUGACCUUCAGCGAAAGGUUCUGGGAGGCAGAUGGAAUCAGAGGAGGCAAGAGCAUUACAGAUCGACCAUCACGCUUCAUCUAUUACCCGAGCCACAGUUUCCCAGGAAAUGACUCCAUCGGCGUCCUCCUGGCCUCCUACACCUGGUCUGAUGACUCCCUCCUCUUUCUCGGCGCAAGCGAUGAAGAGCUGAAAGAACUGGUUCUCAGAGACCUGGUCCUGUUGCACGGUGAGCGCGUCAGGUCUCUCUGCACUGGUGUUCUGGUUAAGAAGUGGAGCCAGGAUCCAUACAGUCAUGGGGCCUUUGCUCUUUUCACCCCCUAUCAGCACUUGGAGUACGCUACUGAGCUCUUUAGGAAUGAGGGCAGGAUUCAUUUUGCUGGAGAACACACAGCGUUCUCUCAUGCUUGG